AUGUCGAGGCUCACGCACGAGCUAAAAGAGAGUCAAUAUACGUCCUCAACAACCAAUAUUGCAACACAGGUGGAUGAUUCGAAUGAGUCUGUGAGGUCUGGUGAAGCUACGGUAGCCACUGAAGCCACUGCGGUCAGCGAGCAGAAUAAUCCUCACCGAUUGGAUCGCCAAAGCUAUAUUCAAGGUCUUACCUCCAAAAAAGCACAUGGUUUCCGUAAAACCACAACUAGGAUUGCGAACAAUAAUACCACCCAGCGGAUUUAUCGGUUUAUCAGAAGACCUCUGAAACGUGGUGUUCGUGCUAAGGCCAGAAAAUGGUUCAGGCGGCUUUGUGCGAUGUCCGUGAGUGAGCUUCUAUACAAACUAUCAUUUCACUUUUUGUCCGUUAUUUUUAUCGGACUAAUCGUAUGCACAAUGGUAGAUAUUAUUCCACAGUCUCUGGUAAGCGGUCAGUUUUGGAAUACUAUCAUCAUCAUCUUGACCUGCGCUAUCAUCUUUGUUUUGGCCUUAAUUCUAUACAUUGUUCGUGUGCUAGAUACCCGAAGAUCGGUCAACAGGAUACCCCGAGCUUACCUAGUGCAGGACUUAGGUCUCCCGAAGAAAUCAUUUAGCAUACUGGCAGAUGAGCGGAAGCGUUGUAUUGAUAUCUACAAAUCACAAGUAGAUAUUAAGACCAUUCAUCAUCCUGGACUUUCUAAUCCUGGUUCUGAACUAGGAUCUUUGGGUCAUUUCAUGGAGACCAUUGAGUCUAUACCUCAUUUUAUCGAGUGGAAGGUGCAGAGUAUCGACUCUAGAUUUACCAGACCAGUGGGUUGUGAUUUCCGUUCUUACUUGGAACUAAUUGUUGCUCAUCAUAUUGUGGAUCAAGAAGAUUCUGGCUAUGUUGAGGGUUUCAUAGAUCGUUUUGAGCAUGCGAGGUUCAGUGGAAACCAGAUCACUGAAACUGAAUUCAAGAACUUGAUGCUGGCGAUGUGUAGCGUUUUAAUCGCUAUUUCGCGAAACAGCCAAAACUUUGGUAAAGGCGAACUACUACCAUAUGGUAUUGAACUAGAAAGUCUUCUUGAUGCGGAAGCACCAAUACCGGACGCAGCGAGCUCGCAUACACGCUAUUCAGCCGUUAGCGAAGCUGUUCAAGCUGUCGAAAGAAAAAUGAGAACCUCAACAUAG